GAGCUUCUGUGGGUGUUCUAAGCAUUCAGUCACACUGGGAGGACUGGUAAGAUGACUCUGACAGCGAUUACUCUUUUGUGCUUCGCAGCUUUGUUGCCUUUUCCAGGGCUGGGUAGAGGAGGCAACUCAGGAGAGCAACAUGGAGUGGUGUCGUCUCAGGUGUCCAUUAACGUGGUGGUCAGUAAUAAAUUUGCUAAUGAGUUGAACACCUACCCCGUCACUGCACCAAAGGGAAUGCCGAUAUUUGGGAUCUUAAAUCAACUGCAGGACAACAAUCAGUUGAAUUUCACAUACAGCAUCAGCAAAAGCUAUGGCAUAUUUCUGGAGAGUGUGAACGGACUGGCUGGAUCUACUGAGAACAAAACCUACUGGGAGCUUCUGUCGAAAAGAAAUAAGAAAACCACCCCACUGAACGUGGGAAUUGGCUGCUACCAACCCGAGAAGAAUGAGAAUUUCAUUAUGAAUUUCACCACCUGGGCCUAACAACUUCUGUUGCUGAUUUUCGUUUCGCUAUGGAAUUCAUGAUUUAGAUAUAAAUGAAUUAAUUAAUCAAUAAAAUAGAUAACCGCAAUAAUCAAGUUAAUUAAUCAAGUUACAAACUAAUGAUGUAAUUGUAUCUACAGCAUUGUAAUACUCCAAUAAAAGCACAGUGAUGAUUAAA